AUGAGUACUUUCUCCCCCGAGAACAUCACCGGGGCCUUUAUCCCCUCGGCCCUCUUCAUCGCCGGAACUUUCCUGUUCAAGCAGGAAUUGACUCCCUUUGCUGUCGCUCUCGCCGCUGUCUUGGUGGGCUACAAGCUGUUCAGCAACAAGCCCAGAAAGGUCCUCAACCCCGGCGAGUUCCAGCACUUCACCCUGAAGGAGAAGAAUGAAAUCUCCCACAAUGUGACCAUCUACCGUUUCGCCCUGCCCCGUCCCACCGACAUCCUGGGUCUGCCCAUCGGUCAGCACAUCUCUCUCGCCGCCACCAUUGAGGGUCAGCCCAAGGAGGUUGUGCGCUCCUACACUCCCAUCUCUUCCGACAAUGAGGCCGGCUACUUCGAUCUCCUCGUCAAGGCCUACCCCCAGGGUAACAUUUCCAAGUACUUGACCACCCUCCAGGUCGGUCAGACCAUGAAGGUUCGUGGCCCCAAGGGUGCCAUGGUGUACACUCCCAACAUGUGCCGUCACAUCGGUAUGAUCGCCGGUGGUACUGGUAUCACCCCCAUGCUCCAGGUUGUCAAGGCCAUCAUCCGCAACCGUCCCCGUAACGGCGGCAACGACACCACCCAGGUGGACCUGAUCUUUGCCAAUGUCAACCCCGAUGAUAUUCUGCUCAAGGAGGAACUCGAAGCCCUGGCCAAGGAUGACGACGGAUUCCGCAUCUACUACGUCCUCAACAACCCUCCGGAGGGCUGGACUGGCGGUGUCGGUUUCGUCACUCCUGACAUGAUCAAGGAGCGUCUCCCUGCCCCCGCCAGUGACAUCAAGAUCCUGCUCUGCGGUCCUCCCCCCAUGGUUAGCGCCAUGAAGAAGGCCACCGAGUCUCUCGGAUACACCAAGGCCCGUCCCGUCAGCAAGCUCGAGGACCAGGUCUUCUGCUUCUAA